GGCCAGAUUUCCAUACAUUACCAGAAAUGUAAUAAAUAGUUGCUUUGGACAAGACAGCACAGAUCCAGUUUUUGGACUGCACAGAACUCAACACUGUCACGAUGAUGUAUCUCUCAGGACUUGUUGGCCUUCUGCUGGUGCUGACAGUUGACGCCAGAGUUGGAAACUCCUCUUCCUGUAUUGAGACAGAGCAAUGUUUGCUGUUUGAUGUGAUUUGUAAGACUGAGGAUUUUGAGGUCCGUCACUAUGACUCUGUGAAAUGGGUUUCAACCAACGAGACAUCCUCUUCCUUCGACAUUGCAGUAAAUAAUGGAUUCAGUCGUUUAUACGAUUACAUCAAUGGUACCAAUGACAUUGGAAUCAAAUUGGAAAUGGUAACCCCAGUUAUUAUCAAGAGUUAUGGAAAACAGGGUUUCUUCGUAAUGAAUUUCUUGCUGCCAGCUGAAUAUCAAUCAAAUCCCCCCAAUCCCACUGAUCCUAUGGUGUACAUCUAUACCACGGCAGCCAUGACAGUUUAUGUACAGAGCUUUGAUGAAGAGCUGACAGGCUUGUUUGACAGACUCGCAACACGCAGUCUUUCCCGUGACCUUGACUCCAUUCAUGCAACCUACGUAAAGGACUUCCAUCUUUUGGCUUUAUAUGUCGGUCCAACUUCGACCUCCAGAGCGUACACUGAAGUGAUGAUUGUUGCUGUGGGUGAGCCCGUGUGUACCAGUGAAGAACUGAAUCAGUGAGCCCUGUGCAAUGACUGCAUAACUCAUAAUCUGGCCCACAUUGAAAAAUGUAUAUGAAAAGAAUGCACAAUUAUGAUGACCUUUGUGGAACAGCUUGUUCUGUGGUUUUCUCUUAAAUUGAAUAAAGUUACCUGUUUGCAUUGA